AUGACUUGGGCGAGUCUCAAAAACGUGCUGAAAACAGAGCGCGAGGUGGAGGGACCAACGUCUAAAUCCACCUCCAGGCCGUGUCCGGCAGAAGCUGGCCCGCGCGUGGGAACUCUGACCCUGCGUUUUUUCCUCAGGGAGCUGUUCUCCCCAUCUCAGAAGUACCAGCUGUUGGCGUACCACGCAGAUGCCCUCUUCCACGACAGGGAGUACCGGAACGCUGUGAGCCGGUACGCCAUGGCCCUGCAGCAGAAGAAGGCACUGAGCAAAACGUCCAAAGUGAGGCCUUCAACUGGGAAUUCUGCAUCUACUCCGCAAAGCCAGUGUCUUCCUUCUGAAAUUGAAGUGAAAUACAAAAUGGCUGAGUGUUACACCAUGCUAAAGCAAGAUAAAGAUGCCAUUGCUAUACUUGAUGGGAUCCCUUCAAGACAGAGAACUCCCAAAAUAAACAUGAUGCUGGCCAACCUGUACAAGAAGGCUGGCCAGGAGCGCCCUUCGGUGACCAGCUAUAAGGAAGUGCUGAGGCAGUGCCCCCUGGCCCUCGAUGCCAUUCUUGGCUUGCUCUCCCUCUCCGUGAAGGGCGCGGAGGUGGCCUCCAUGACGAUGAACGUGAUCCAGACCGUGCCCAACCUGGACUGGCUUUCUGUGUGGAUCAAAGCGUACGCUUUUGUGCACACUGGGGACAACUCUAGAGCGAUCAACACCAUCUGUUCCCUGGAGAAAAAGUCCUUACUGCGAGAUAAUGUGGAUCUACUGGGAAGCUUAGCAGAUCUGUACUUCAGAGCUGGAGACAAUAAAAACUCUGUAUUGAAGUUUGAACAGGCACAGAUGUUGGACCCUUAUCUGAUCAAAGGGAUGGACGUGUACGGCUACCUGCUGGCGCGCGACGGGCGCCUGGAGGACGUGGAGAGCCUCGGCUGCCGCCUCUUCAACAUUUCGGACCAGCACGCAGAGCCCUGGGUGGUCUCCGGGUGUCACAGUUUUUAUAGCAAACGCUACUCCCGGGCGCUCUACUUAGGCGCCAAGGCCAUUCAGCUGAACAGCAACAGCGUCCAGGCUCUGCUGCUGAAGGGAGCGGCCCUCAGGAACAUGGGCAGAGUCCAGGAGGCCAUAAUCCACUUCCGGGAGGCCAUCCGACUUGCCCCUUGCCGCUUGGAUUGCUAUGAAGGUCUCAUCGAAUGUUACUUAGCUUCCAACAGCAUACGGGAAGCCAUGGUCAUGGCCAACAACGUUUAUAAAACUCUAGGAGCCAACGCCCAGACCCUUACCCUGCUGGCCACUGUUUGUCUCGAAGACCCAGUGACACAGGAAAAAGCCAAAACUCUGUUAGAUAAAGCCUUGAGCCAAAGGCCGGACUACGUGAAGGCUGUGGUGAAGAAGGCAGAACUGCUCAGCAGGGAGCAGAAAUACGAGGAUGGGAUUGCCUUGCUGAGGAAUGCGCUUGCCAACCAGAGCGACUGUGUCCUGCACCGCAUCCUGGGGGACUUCCUCGUGGCUGUCAGCGAGUACCAGGAAGCGAUGGACCAGUACAGUAUUGCGCUCAGUUUGGACCCCAAUGACCAGAAGUCCCUAGAGGGAAUGCAGAAGAUGGAGAAGGAGGAGAGCCCCACGGACGCCACCCAGGAGGAGGACGUGGACGACAUGGAGGGGAGCGGGGAAGAGGGGGACCUGGAGGGCAGCGACGGCGAGGCGGCUCAGUGGGCUGACCAGGAGCAGUGGUUUGGCGUGCAGUGAGGUGGCGGCGUGUGGCCGUCCCGGGCUCCCUUGCGGACUGAGGAACUCGAGGCGCCUACCCCUGGGGACUGUCGUGUCCAGCGCGCGCUGCCACAGGGCUUGUGCCCUGGCUCCACUAUUCUAGUAGUGAGUUCGUUUUCGGGCACCGAGCCUGACCAGCCCCACAGGGAGGGCUCGGCGCUGGGGGGCUGGGCAAGCGGGGCCUGGGUAUUGUGGAUUCCUGACCCUGAAGGCUCCGCCAGUAGACGGUGCUUUGUCUGCGAGUGACCUGUCAUCCAGUGGGAAAGCGUCCUCGCCCGAGUUGGGCAGCAGGACAGGCUGGCCCUGUCACAUACGGUCUCUGCUUCCAGAAAUGGCCAUGAGUUCUCAAACCUCCUGCGUGACCUUGCUUCCUUCCGACGUGAGGAAUGCCUUACGCAGUUUUCAACUUGCUGAUGUGGUCACCUGCCUGAGCCGGCCAGACGUGGGAAGCAAGCGGGACAUGUGGGCACCCGACAAUAAACUGGCUUGUACGGCGAUGGUGUUGGGUCGGUCAGCGUGGAAGCCUUGGUGGGCGCUUACUCUUCGCUCUCUUACUCACGAUGCGUUGAUUCUGUUCUGGAAUCAGCUGGCUGUAAAUGUGUUGUUGGCCCCCCCCC